UGCAGAUUUUUUUAGACCUCACUAUAACCUUUAGUAAAAGUGGUGUGCAACAGUUCACAGUGUGCCACUGUGAUUUCAGUGCCUCCAGGCGCACCAUUAGAUUAUAUCUUCUGCGAAUAUCCAUUUAAAUCGGUUCCACGCACUUCUUGAGCCUUACAUUACCCAAAAUAUAUAAUAUUUAGGAGUUUUUGAGAUGCGUCUUUCCAGAUCUUUAUCAAUAACAUCAUUAACCGGACUUCCACUCUGGGAGGAGGAUAGUCUGCCUGUGGAGGAUCUCUUACUCUUUGAGAUUGCAUGGGAAGUAACUAAUAAAGUUGGUGGUAUAUACACUGUUAUCCAGACUAAAGCUAAGAUUACAGUGGACGAAUGGGGGGAGAACUACUUCAUGAUGGGUCCUUACUACGAGCACAAUUUCAAGACACAGGUGGAGCCAUGCGAACCUCCAACCCAAGCCAUAAAAGUGGCAAUGGACUCCUUGAUUAACAAUGGCUGCCAGGUGCAUUUUGGCCGCUGGUUGAUUGAGGGUAGUCCAUAUGUUAUUCUGUUUGAUAUUGGGGCAGCUGCAUGGAACCUGGACCGGUGGAAGGGAGAUCUGUGGAACGCAUCUAGCAUCGGGCUGCCGUAUCACGACAGGGAGGCCAAUGACUCACUCAUAUUUGGUUCUCUUGUGGCCUGGUUCUUCAAAGAGUUAACAGACCAACUUCAGGACAAGCCUAACGUAGUUGCUCAUUUCCACGAGUGGCAAGCCGGGACGGGGCUUGUACUGAGCCGCUCUCGUAAAAUUCCCUUGGCAACUAUUUUUACCACACAUGCCACCCUGCUGGGGCGUUACCUGUGUGCAGGCAAUGCAGACUUUUACAACAACCUGGAAAAGUUCAACAUAGACCAAGAGGCAGGAGAGAGACAAAUCUACCAUCGGUACUGUUUGGAGAGGGCUGCGGUGCACUGCGCACAUGUCUUCACCACUGUGUCUCAGAUCACAGCUGUGGAGGCCAAUCACAUGCUCCAUAGACAACCAGAUGUCGUCACCCCAAAUGGCCUUAAUGUUAGGAAGUUUUCAGCCAUGCAUGAGUUCCAAAACCUGCACUCCACAAACAAAGCCAAGAUCCAGGAGUUUGUAAGAGGCCACUUCUAUGGACAUCUGGACUUCAACCUGGAUAAGACCCUCUUCUUCUUCAUCGCCGGUCGAUAUGAGUUUUCUAAUAAGGGAGCAGACCUGUUCCUUGAAUCUCUGUCUAGAUUAAACUAUCUGCUACGGGUGCACAAGAAUGAUGUCACAGUAGUUGUGUUUUUCAUCAUGCCCGCAAAGACCAACAACUUCAACGUGGAGUCUCUAAAGGGACAGGCUAUACGCAAGCAGCUGUGGGACACAGCCCAGUCUGUAAAGGAGAAGUUUGGCAAAAGGCUUUACGAGGGCUUGUUAAGGGGUGAGAUCCCAGACAUGAGCAAAAUUCUGGACCGAGAUGACUUCACCAUAAUGAAGAGAGCUAUUUAUGCAACACAGAGACACUCAUUCCCACCGGUAACAACUCACAACAUGCUGGACGACUCAACGGACCCAAUCCUGAGCAACAUCCGGCGAAUUGGCCUCUUCAAUGGACGCAAUGACAGAGUGAAGAUUGUGUUCCAUCCAGAGUUUCUAUCCUCCACUAGUCCCCUGCUACCCAUGGACUAUGAGGAGUUUGUGCGUGGCUGUCAUCUCGGAGUGUUUCCUUCUUAUUAUGAACCGUGGGGAUACACGCCAGGUGAAUGUACUGUUAUGGGAAUUCCCAGUGUCACAACCAAUCUGUCUGGAUUUGGCUGUUUCAUGGAAGAACACAUCUCUGACCCGUCUGCAUACGGGAUCUACAUUGUGGAUCGGCGUUUCCGUUCUGCGGAUGAGUCGUGUAACCAGCUGACUCAGUUCAUGUUUUCCUUCUGCCAGCAGUCACGACGACAGCGGAUAAUCCAGCGUAAUCGUACAGAGAGACUGUCUGACCUGUUAGACUGGAGAUAUCUUGGACGAUUCUACAUGCACGCCAGGCAUCUCGCCCUCAGCAGAUCCUUCCCUGCUAAAUUCAAAAUGGACCACCUCAACUUUCCACUGACCCAAGGUUUCCGCUACCCCCCACCCUCCUCGGUACCACCUUCCCCAUCAGCCUCCCUCCACUCCACCCCUCACCACAGCGACGAGGAAGAUGACGAGCCGUAUGAUGAAGAUGAAGAAGUGGAGAGAGACAGACAGAACAUCAAAGCACCUUUCACUCUGGGUGCAGCGCCGGAGGGUAAGAAGACACAACCGGGGCAAAAUGGGAAUUAA